GGAAAUGGAAUCUAUCUAUCUAUCGCUUAUAUCCAAUCCAAUCCCAAAAAUGCUGUGGAACUGGAUUUAGAAGUUAAAACAAAACAACAAUGCCCAUCUUCUCUGCAACGUUGGGUUCCAUCUCCUUCCUCUCUGCUUCACAAUCUCAAUCAAACCUUUCUCCUUUCAAGUUAACUGUGAAGUCACCUUGUCAAUGGCAUCAUUACUAUCACACUACUAAAGUCUUCGUCUCUGGCAACACCCAAAUUGACCAAAAUCCUGACACUGGACUCCUUCAACGCCCUACUCCUCCUUCUCCAGACCCUCAGGAUGUCACUCGUCAGGCUCGGAGAUCGUCAGAUUGGAAGGCUGCAAAGGCAUAUAAAGAUAGUGGACUCAUUUAUAGUGGUAGAGUUGAAAAUUUUAAUUCUGGUGGCCUUCUGGUUCGGUUUUUUUCUAUUCUGGGGUUUCUCCCGUACCCACAAUUGAGUCCGAUGCAUGCUUGUAAAGAACCAGAGAAAUCUAUCCAAGAAAUUGCAAGAGGCUUACUCUAUUCAAACAUACCGGUUAAGGUAAUUCUAGCGGAUGAGGAUAAGAGAAAAUUGAUCUUCUCUGAAAAGGAAGCUGCGUGGUCCAAAUUUUCAAAACAGGUCAACGUAGGGGAUAUUUUUGAAGCAAGAGUUGGUUAUGUUGAGGACUAUGGUGCUUUUGUUCAUUUGCGCUUCCCUGACGAUCUUUAUCGCCUUACUGGACUAAUACAUAUCUCAGAAGUGUCCUGGGAUCUAAUUCAUGAUGUCAGAGAUAUCUUAAAAGCAGGUGAUGAAGUGAGGGUCAAAGUUGUCGGUAUUGAUUGGGGAAAAUCAAGGAUUAACCUAUCAAUAAAACAGCUAGAAGAAGAUCCACUUCUAGAAACUCUGGACAAAGUAAUACCUCAGGAUGGUUCAGCUGAUCCUGAUUCUACGAGCAGUAUUGAUAGCGGUGACAUUGAGCCUCUUCCAGGGCUUGAAACAAUCCUUGAAGAGCUACUACAAGAAGAAGGUAUAUAUGAUGUAAGAAUCAGCCGUCAAGGGUUUGAAAAACGAGUGGUCUCGCAAGACUUGCAACUUUGGCUAUCUAAUGCCCCUCCCAUAAACCAAAGGUUUACUCUCCUUGCUCGGGCUGGAAGACAGGUGCAGGAGAUACAUCUGACCACAUCCCUUGAUCAGGAUGGUAUCAAGAAGACAUUACAACGAGUAUUGGAGCGUGUUCCCUGAAUAUCAUUGACUCAAGGAGAACACUUCCUUGCCGAUAAUCAGUGAUUUUGUACAGUUAUAUCUCACCAAUUUCAGAUAUUCUAUUAUAGAGGGUAUUUAUAUAAAUCCAAUAUCCUUAUUCUUCGAUGUAUCCCAAAAUUGUUAGAUAUAACUAGUAACAAAGUUCUUGUAAAACACCCCUCAAUCACAAUUUGCUUGAGUUCACUCAUUCAGAAUUGCCAACACAUU